GGGGCUCGCUCUGAGACAGGCGGCGGCGCCGGGCGGGGAGGCAGGUGGGCGGGCAGCUAGCGACCACCUCAGCGGCGCCCACCACGGCCGGGCCGACGGGGCGGCGGCGGAGGGGAGCCAGGGCGCCCCAGCAGGUUUCCAGUAAUUAUCUGCAGGAUUCGCCAUGACCCCAGCUCUGAGGGAGGCAGCAACAAAGGGUAUCUACUUUUCAUCUUUACCAAGUACCAUGGAGUCUGACAAGAUGCUAUGCGUGGAAAGUCCAAGAACUGUAGAUGAAAAGCUAAAGGGAGAUGCUUUCUCUCAGAUGCUGGGAUUUCCAACUCCCGAACCUACCCUUAACACUAAUUUUGUGAAUUUAAAACAUUUUGGCUCUCCUCAGUCUUCAAAACACUAUCAGACAGUUCUUUUAAUGAGUUCUAAUUCUACAUUAAAUAAACACAAUGAGAAUUAUAAACAAAAGAAAUUAGGAGAACCCAACUGCAAUAAGCUGAAAAACAUACUGUGUAAUGGCAGCAACAUUCAGCUCAGUAAAAUCUGUCAUUCUCAUUCUGAAGAGUUCAUCAAAAAGGAACCUCUGUCAGAUACCACAAGCCCGUGCAUGACAGAUGUACAAAUUAUUUUGGAUUCAAAUAUAACCAAAGACACUAAUGUGCAACUGCAAAACUGUAAAUGGUACCAAAAGAAUGCACUUUUGGGUAAAGUUACUGAUGCUGAGAUUCAAAAGGGUUUAUUACACUGUGCUCAAAAGAAAAUGGGGCCUGGCCACUCAAAUGUGCCUGCUAGUUCCUCAGCUGCUGAGAAAGAGGAGGAAGUGAAUGCUCGUUUACUUCAUUGUGUGAGCAAACAGAAAGUCUUACUUAGCCAGGCUCGAAGAACUCAGAAACAUCUGCAGAUGCUCCUGGCAAAGCAUGUUGUUAAGCACUAUGGUCAGCAAAUGAAAUUUUCCAUGAAACAUCAACUCCCCAAAAUGAAGAUCUUUCAUGAACCUACCACAGUUUUAGAGAACAGUUUACCUAAAUGCACUGAAAUUAAGCCAGACGUCAAUAUAUUGACUGCAGAGAAUAAAUUGUGGAAUGAUACAAAAAAUGGCUUUGCACAGUGUACAGCUGCAGAAAUCCAAAGAUUUGCACUGUCUGCUACAGGGCUGUUGUCUCAUGUUGAAGAGGGUCUGGAUUCUGAUGCAACUGAUAGCAGCUCUGAUGACGAUUUGGAUGAAUAUACCAUUAGGAAAAAUGUGGCAGUUAACUGUAGUACUGAAUGGAAGUGGCUUGUAGACAGAGCAAGAGUUGGCAGCCGAUGGACGUGGCUUCAAGCCCAGAUUUCCGAACUAGAAUACAAAAUCCAACAGCUAACGGAUGUUCACAGGCAGAUUCGUGCCUCCAAGGGGAUAGUGAUCCUAGAAGAAUGUCACCUUCCAAAAGACGUUUUGAAAAAACAAAUACAAUUUGCAGACCAAGCAGCUUCAUUAAACACUACAGGGACUCCCCACAUUCCCCAAGAGAGUCAAGAUCCUUUACCAGAACAAGAUUUUGAAAUGUCACCAAGUAGCCCUACACUACUUCUUCGCAACAUAGAAAAACAGAGUGCACAGUUGACUGAGAUCAUCAACAGUUUGAUUGCACCUCUCAACUUGUCCCCAACUUCAUCACCCCUCUCCUCCAAAUCCUGUAACCAUAAAUGUAUGGCUAAUGGUGUUUCCAGGAGUGCUUCAGAGAAUUUAGAUGAGCUCUCUUCCUCCAGUAGCUGGUUACUGAACCAGAAGCACAGUAAGAAAAGGAGAAAAGACAGGACAAGAUUGAAAGCUCCAUCCUUGACUGUCAUGAGUACAGCAGCUCGAACACGGCCACUUCAGAGUUUCCACAAGCGAAAACUCUACCGAUUGAGCUCUGCCUUUUAUUGGACUCCACAGACUUUGCCUUCAAAAGAAACGUUUUUAAAUACUACGCAAAUGCCUUGCCUGCAGUCAGCUUCAACUUGGAGUAGCUGUGGACACAAUUCAAAGUCUCAGAUAUUAAAAGAACAUGUGUCAGAGUUAGAUUCUUCUUUUCAUUCUGUCCUAUCGUUACCAUCAGAUGUGCCUCUUCAUUUUCAUUUUGAAACACUGUUUAAAAAGACUGAAGUAAAAGGAGAUCUUGCAGAAAAUAAAUUUGUAGGAGACUGUAUCAUAUCUCCAUCACCUGUACAUAAUACUUCUCUGAAUCAAUGGAGGAAUGGGUAUUCUCCUACUUGCAAGCCUCAGAUAAGGUCAGAAUCUUCUGCACAGCUGUUACAGGGAAGGAAGAAAAGACACUUGAGUGAAACAGCAUUAGGAGAAAGAACUAGGUUUGAAGAAUUUGCUUUUCAACCUACAGAACCAGGAUCCCACAGCAAUUUUACUGCUGUUACUAAUGUCAGCGUUAUAUCAAGAACCCAGAAUUCAUCAUCACAAAAUACUGCACGACGGAGAUUGCGAAGUGAGAGCUCCUAUGACAUAGAUAAUAUUGUGAUUCCCAUGUCAUUAGUGGCCCCAGCUAAGUUAGAGAAACUCCAAUAUAAGGAAAUACUUACUCCAAGCUGGAGGAUGACUGUUCUUCAGCCUCUGGAUGAAUAUAAUUUAGGUGAAGAAGAGAUAGAAGAUCUUUCUGAUGAAGUCUUCUCUUUAAGACACAAGAAAUAUGAAGAGAGAGAGCAAGCCAGAUGGUCACUCUGGGAACAGAGCAAGUGGCAGAGAAGAAACAACAGAGCUUACAGUAAAAAUGUCGAAGGACAGGACCUGCUUUUGAAAGAAUACCCUCCUGACUUUAGUGGUGGCCAGCUCUGUGCUGACAGUCCUGCUGAGCUUCCUUCAGAGAGCCAGGAUCUGAGUGCACAGGGCUCACCUUCAUUAAGCGAAAGUCAAGAAAUCAAGUCUUUGUGGUGGGAACGACGGGUUUUUCCACUGAAGGAUGAAGACACAGAAGCCUUAUUAUGCCAAGAUGAAAAAAACGAUCCGACUGAAAAAUCAAGCCCAAGUUUCCUCAGUGAAGUCUUCUGUCCCAACGCAUCAGAGAAUGGCCACCAUCCAAAAAGGCAGGCAGACGGAAUGGAAGAGUACACACCCUCUGGUCUAGGACUUACGCAUGUUAAAAAAAAUAGGUGACAGGAGGGAACAGGUUAAGAAAACCCUGUAACUGAAUGGAAAACAGGAGAAAAAAAUCAGCCCCGUUCUCCAUCCCCUAGAUCCUCCAGUCACAAUUCCAGAGUGAGAGCGUGCACUGCACGUACUAAUCUUUCAUGCUGUUCACGAAACAGGCAAGGUAUGUCUCUGUUUCCUUUCUGAACCGCAGGAGUAACUAGCUUUUCACCUACAGACAAGUGCUAGUCAUUUGUGUUUAUGAUGCAAAUCACAAGCACCAGAAAAUUAACUGCUGCAAUCUGAUGUCAAAUCACAUUACUGAGUAAAUAACUUUUAAAAGACUUCACAAUCACACAUGCAUACAUACAUACAUAUAUACACACAUGCCUGUGCAUCAAAUGACAGCCCUUUUUCCUACACACAUGGUAAUUCAUUAAAAUUGCCUCAGAAAUACACUAGAAUAUACAAAUAUGUGUGUAUAGAGCAUACAUACAUACACACACACAUAUAUUGUUUUAAAACCACUGGCAGUGACCACUCCACUUGAAAAUGCAUAUAUGAACUACCCUAUGAAAUAUUAAGCUGCAGUAGUAAUAAAGCAGCACAGGUUUCCAAUGAUAAUGGACAUCUGACAGUCUUGACUGUGGAGAGGGAAUUUUUUAACGUUUAACCAGUAGUAGAAGAUAUUUAUGGAAAUUUCUAUACCAGAUAACACAAUACUCCUUUAUUUGAAAUCACUGAUAUCUCUUGGACUAAACACAAUUGUCUAUUCACUCCUAACAAAAUAAGACAAGCAAAGGAGAGUUAAAUAUUGGUGUAUUUUAAAAUUAUCCCAUCUUCUAAAACCCAUUUGGGUUUUAUCUACUUUAUGUAUCUAUCUCAUGAAGAGAAGACACCAACUUAAAACGGACAACAAACAGGAAACUCCUAUCAGGAUAAAAAGUAUUGUUGUAUUUUUAGUUAAUGUGGUCAUUCCUUACCAUAGGUUACUCUAUUCAAACAAGCAUUUAUUCUUACUUGUAUCCUAGAGUGGUAAUUAAAAUUUUUCAAAGGAUAAUGCUUCAAUAUUGGAUACUGGAGUGUAUAUUAAGGAAAAUUCCUUUUGAAGCUGUUACAUCAUUUUUUUCUAUGUAAAAGUUGAUGACGAUUUAUAUGAAUCGCUUUUUCUCAUGUAAAAAGGUUAUCCAAGUUGUAAUACCCACAUAACUGACAAUCCUGGCCAUCUGGCCUAGUCUGGGGCAUUUGACACAAGUUUUUUUAGGGAUCAAAAAUUAUACUAGUCCCUUUAAAGAGAAAAAAAAAUUCAAAUUCAAUACUGACAAAUUUGUUUGUAGUUUUACUGUACAUUUAUUUUUUAAAAAAAGAAAAGAAAAGCCAGACAAACCCAAGUUGUCCAGGCAAAUAAACUCAAAUCUUUCUGUCAUGUCUGAUAUUAUAAUCUUCUAUGUAAGCUUUUUAAUUAAAGUUAUUUCUGUA